AGCUGUGUGGCAGUGUAGUAAUUAAAGGCUGUUAGAAGCAAUAUUCGAAGGGGGAAAAAAUUAAAAAAACGGAAAAAGAGGAAGUGGGGAGAGGGGAAGAGGAAAAGGGGUGAGGCUGGGAAGGAACCCCGGGGCUUCUUCGCUCGGACGGAAUCGAGAGGGAAUGCUGCCGGGUUUCUCUAGGUGGGAUAGAAUGUAUAUUAUGUGAUCAAUGCGACGGAUCGAGGCAUGGAUUGCAAGGCAUCAGCUGUCAGGAAAAUGUUUGGAGGAAGUGAUGCCAAACCAAUAUUUCCAGCUGCCUGGGAGGAGAGCCAGGUUCACUACACUGCAAAUAAUGCAACCACACAACUACAAUUGUUCGAAAAUUUUCCUGCUGCUUGUCACGUUGAUGCUGUGAAUUAUACUUUGAACCAACCUAACAAAAGAAGCAGAGAUGCAGAUGUUAUCGGAAUGCCUCACAAGCUUCAGAUUUCCUUAAAUAAUUUUUGCCAAGAUGAUGUUGAUUGUACAGCCAGCAUUCCGAAUCCAAACCCUGUGUCAACUGGGCUGAGGCUUUCCUAUGAUGAUGAUGAACACAAUUCAUCUAUCUCGUCUGGUAGUGGGAACAUAUCUUCUCUUCCAGUUAUCAUGUGUUUGGAUGAUAACCUUAGGAAUGAGUUUGACCGCCAAAAGGAGGAAUUUGAUAAUUACAUCAGAAUCCAGGAAGCACAGAUCAUGAAAGGUGUCAAGGAGAUGAAGCAGAGACACACGGUUUCAUUUCUGAAUGCCAUUGAGAGAGGGGUAGGAAAGAAGCUUCAGGAGAAGGAACUUGAGAUUGAGAACAUGAACAGGAAGAAUAGGGAGCUUGUCGAGCGAAUUAAGAACACGGCCAUGGAAGCACAGUCCUGGCAGCGCAGAGCUCAAUACAAUGAGUCCAUGGUGCGAAUGCUGCAAAGCAAUCUUAAACAAGCCUUGGCUCAGGGUGCUGCUGCUGCAGAUCAAGGCAAGGAAGGUUGUGGGGACAGUGAAGUUGAUGAUGCAGCCUCUUCUUUUAAUCCUAACCCUGUUCUUGGGGGCAGCUGCUACCUUCAAACUGCUAGCAAAGGACUAAGUCGUGAGCAGAUGACCUGCAAGUCAUGUAAGGCCAAGGAGAUCUCAAUGCUGCUGAUACCAUGUAGACAUCUUUGCCUGUGCGUGGACUGUGCUGGUUACACCAAUGUCUGUCCUAUUUGCCACUGUGCAAACUCCUCCAGUGUCCAGGUUUUCAUGACAUAAAGGUUGCUGGAAAACUGGGAUUGCCACUGAUUUUCAUUUGAGCGGAAUGAAGGUUUUGGAGCAGAAGUAAAUUAAUGAGCUGAAGGUAUGUGAGCUUGAUCUAAGCAAACUAGUUGUGUGCCAUUGUUAUCGUUAUAAUAUGAAUGUAUUAAUGCAGAAUUACAAAAUUGACGGAUGCUGUAAAAGUGUAAAGUUGUGACCAUUAAAUAGUUAAUUACGGACUAAAUGAUGUUUCAUGACAUGGCUCUCUGUUCUGUAUUUCGAAUUUCAAUCAUAUGAAUCGUGAUGUAAACGGUUAUGUUAUGUUAGUGUUCUUUUUCUUUUA